AUGAAGGACACAUUCAGCACUAGACAAAAGAGAAAUAAGCCAUGUGAAAAUUGUCGAACACAUCGAAGGAAAUGUGUCAAUGUGAAUAAUUCGAUAUGUGAACGCUGUAGCAAACUCAAUUUGGAGUGUAUAUUCAAGCUGACCGAGAAGCCAACAAAGUUAAUUAAAACAAGCAUAUCUCCAGCAAAACGAAACAAACUGUUUGAUACGAUUUGGUGCUUGAAUCAGGAAGCAGACUUGAUACAAUUGCAAUUAGCACAGCUCCAAAAGAGCUCCAACAGCAAUUCCCCAAUACCUUGUCAAUGUCUUGACCCCUCUCAGUGUCAGCACAUAAAAUCACUACUCCCACUCACACAUUCAACAGCACCAUCAGCAUCAUCAACAUCAUCUUCUUCCACAUGGCAACUAACCAUAUCCAAUAAUCAUCGGGGAAUUCAAUUGCAAACAUCAAUCCAAUCCAUGUCUGAUCUAUCCUUUUUUAUCAAGGAGGCCUUCUCUGUCUUUAUCUAUGGCGAUAAACUACCAGGCCACCAAGAUUUCUCAGAAAGACGGAAUCCUAAGCAACUACUCGCGGUCACCCACAAAUCACUAGCAGUGGAAGCAGCGUUUCGAUCUGUCUUUAGCAUACAGCAAGAGCCUCCGCCGCCGCCCCUACCCGAACAUGUGGAUCCAGCCAUUUUACAGAAGCAGAUACGAUACCUGAAAUUGCAAAUGAUCAAAGUGUACUUUAACUGCUAUGCGUUACUGAAACCCAUUUUUAUUCACACAUGGCACUAUCCACAGCUGCAAAGAAACCCAGAUGGACUGCUGGCUACUGUGGUGGCAUCCUAUGUCGCCUAUUCAGCAUGUACACAUAUUGAAAUAACUGAAUUCUCGUUCUCCAGAGUGCAGUUUGCCGAAUAUUGCCGAUUGGAAGCCAAAGAGCUGCUGCAAGACGCAUUGUUUGAUGGCGAACCCUCUAUUGAUGCCUGUCUCGCACUGUAUGUCAUGUGCGGUAUCAGCAUACUGACGUUGAAAGGCAAAGAAGCUCGAAUACAGUCUAGCCUAUGCUGGCAGCUUGUGAUUCAACUAAAAUCGACGUAUUUGCACCGCACGUUGCCUGAUACCUUGGAGAACAUGAUCAACGCAGAAGUAUGGAAACGGCUGUUCUUUGCUGCUCGAUUCGUAGAGUUCAACUUUAGCAUGGCUUACGAUGGCGUCACUGAUUUCUCCAACAUUGCGCAUCAUUUGGACGUUGCCCUGCCGUCCUUGUUGCCCUGCGAAGUGCUGGACGACCGUCUGACCAAAGCCGCGCUAUGCUAUCAGUACGUAUCUCGACUCACCACACAUUCAGCUGGCACUGACACAGAGAUCUUGGGCCUUCGACUGAUGGCGGGCGUGAUUGAUGCAGUGCCUUCUCAUAUCAUUCAGUGCCUGGAAUACACAUUGAUGCAACUAUGGGACAGCAUACCCGAGCCACUGCGACUGGGGUCAGGCCCCUAUCGAUUGAUUGAUCCCAAGUGUGUGGAAGCGUGCGACAAUGUCAGCGUGCUUCGAUUCAACCUCGUGUUCUACAUCUACUGGAUGAACUUCCAGUCUCGCACCAUGCAAAAGCCAAAUGAAACGGACUUGACAGCAGCCGCCUUUUCUAGGAUUGAUGGCGACAGAGCGCUCAUUAUCACAUCCAUCUGCUCUGAUGCAGCCAGCAAGAUAUUCAAGACCCUGUUUGCGGUGAUGCCGUGUGCGAUCGAGUUGCACUGGAUUACCAUGUGUCUGGAUAUACUGAGAAUGCUGUCUUGUUCAGCCAAUGUGCCUGUCAAACAACGUGCCAGUGAGAAUCUCAAUGAACUGAGCCAUGUGCUGUUCAACAAGCUGAGCAGCAUAGGAAAAGAGUCUGAUUACGCAUUUGCGUCGCAUGCGCCGUAUCUGACGCAAAUCAAACGACUGAUUUCCUCUUAUAUGGUUGUAAAUAAUGUGUUUGUAACAUAG